UCUCGGGUGGGGCCCCGAGAAGAUUAGCCACGUCAAACUCCCGCGGAGCCGAGCCGACUAGCCAAACGGCAUCAGCUGAAGAGCUUCGCAAAACCGAGAAUCGAUCUCUAAUGGCGUCGUCGUCGUCUUCGUCUUCACCAAUUCUUCUCCAAUCUCAACUACAAUGUCUUCUAUCUCCUCCUCGCUGCAAUUGCACCUCUUCACCUGUCUUCUUGGCAAAUCGCCGCCGCCGUCGCCUUCUCAUCAGACCAUCCACUUCCUCCUCCGACUAUUACUGUAAGAAGAAGCAUGAUCAAAGUACUUCUAGGUCUUUUACUGUUCCGUUUGUCUUCAAAGAUGAACCAUUGUCCAAUUAUUCUCCACAAUCAGUCGAUCCAGAUAACAUUCAGGACUCCUUACGCCAACUUGCUGAUACCUUUGUUCUUCCACCUGAUUACUUCAAGAACCUUCCACGAGACCUUCGAUUGGAUCUGAAUGACGCUUCUUUUGAUCUUUCCAAUGGAGCUGUCAUUGACGAGUGUGGUCGAGAACUGGGUGAGAUAUUGCUCAAUAUAUCUCGAGCAUGGGAGUUAGCUGACACAUCCACUUCUUCCAAUUUGGUUAGCAGUCUCCCUUCAUUAUCAGGCUCCUUAACAGAUAGACAAAAAUCAGCGUUGGGCAAGCGUUUGGUGUCAUCGGGAAGGAGAUUUCAAUCUAUGGGACAAUAUGGUCAAGGUGAACUACAAAAGAUUGCUCAAGCAAUGGCAAUGACUGGAAAGCUUCUGACUGCUACUACCAUAUCAUCUGUUACCAAUGAGCAGCCAAAAGAAUCAACUAGAGUACUGAAGUUUGGAGAUCUUCAAGUUGAAAUAACUCCAGAAAAAGCUUAUAUUGGGGCUGCAAUUGGUUUUGUCUUCGGACUUAUUUCCUGGCAAGCAAGUCAAGGCAUUCAAGGUAUACCAGAGAGUUCACUCGAGUAUGCAAACGACAAUGCUCUGUCACUAGCAAAGUCUUUGCGCGGAGCACUUCUUGCAAUUUUCUACUCGUCGACAUUCCUCUCCGGUUUUUCUUGUGUGGGGCUGGUCUUGCUUGCGGCUCAAAUUAAGAAGAAAGGAGAAUGAGAUUAUAAGGUGAUAUCUGUGUCCUGAUUUUCUUUUCUUAUAUGUAAAUGUGUCAAUACGACUCACGUGUACAUCUAGUCGUGACUAUUGUUAUAUUUUGCGAGAAAUAUAAAAUAGAGAAUGUUUUGUACAGGUUUCAUUUUAGUUAUAUACAGAAGAUGUUGUGAGUUUAUUAUUA